AUGGCUCAGUCAAAUGCCCCGCGACCACCGCCUAACAAGAAUAACGACAGUCGCAAACGAAAGGAGCAUCCGACAUCGAUUUCUAAACCUGACAACAAGCGACCAAAGUCCGACCAUCGUGCUAAACAGCGUGACGCUCGUACUCUGGCAACCCAGGCCUCGUCAAAAGCAUUCAGCAAUGGAGAGCUAGACGUUGAAAGGUUUGUCAAAGCUCGCGAGUAUGAGGUUCGUGCCUUGGAAGAGGGAAUGUCGAGAAGCAAGAAGGCAUUAUCGAAGAGAGCGUUUCAGCAGGUUCCCAAGGACUUGAGGAGGAGGACGGCUAGUCACAAUGCCAAGAGGGUGCCCAAAAGACUACAGUCAAGGGCGAAGAGGGAGGUAUGUUACAUGCUUGCAUCGAGCUGAAGGUGGGUAGUUCCAGCACAGCGAGAGCGAAAGGCUGAUGUGUGGUAGAUGAUUGAAGACAAUACUCCUACCGUGACUCAAAGGAGAAGAAAGCCAACUCGACACAUGCGAUUGAGAUUGGAGACCGCGAAGAGAUUGAGAGCCUUGGGUGCGCAGAGGAAAGCUAGCAGAGCAGAGGACAAGGGCGACCAAGUUGUGGUAAAGCCCGGCAAGAGUACAGAGCAAAAGGACGAUAAGGAGAGUCAGGGUCUGAGAACUCGAGCACCGAAAGUGAAAAAGGCCAGCGCUGCCACUCCUCCAUUACCUAAAGCCAAGUUCCGGAAGCGACAAAAGAGCAAGACGUGGUUACCGACCCAUAUGUUCCAUGCCAAACGGGCUCGCAUGACGCCUCCAAAGGAGCCGCUCUGGAGAUUCGCGAUACCUUUGACACCUACAGAAAAGAGUUAUCGACCGACACACCGCGCUGCCAACGAGCGUGGCGCAGUCGCCUGGGACAUGAGCUAUAUGUCUACAAUGGGACUGAGCGGACAACAAAAGAGCAUUCAGGGCAUCUUCAAAGCUCUCGGCAUUGGCUCGCUUUCUGGAAAGAACAUGUUUAGCAGCGAGGGGGAGAGAUGGAGAAAUGGAACAAGGAUAUGGGAAGGUCCCGUGUUCCGUCGAGAAACGCCACAUCAGCCCAUCGCGCCCGUCACUGUGGUGUGGUGUGUGCCCUCGGAGCCAAACAGGGAAUGUCUAAAGGACGAAUCUGAGCAACGCAAACGGCAGGCGCUAAUGCGAGUUCAUCCAUCUGCAUUUUGGCAAUUGUGGGAAGAAGUCAUGCGUCUUUCAAAGGUUGCCAAACCGCAGGUCGUGGUAGAAGAUCUACGCUUCGAGGUUGGCAGCAUUGCGCUCACUGGACCUGGUGCUGUGGAGGCCUUGCAAGGAGCUCUGUGGCCUUCGCCGUCAACUGCACCUGUUGGAGAAACCGAGGACUCAAUACCAGAAAUAUGGAAAUCACUGGCGGGAAUGCAGAACCAGGUCAUGCUUCCGCAAAACGUACUAUUGGGCUUUGAGGUUCAAGAUCCCCGACUGCACCAUCCACCACGGACGAUUGACACUCAGAGGACUCCAGCUGAGCAAAGGAAGCUUCUUGAGACUUUAGCGACGUGGCCAGUAGAUUCUUUGCAACGUGUUCCCGCCUUCUUCAACCGACGCGCACGGCUUGCUGCAGGCGCUGCACUUGCCAGUCAGAAAGUCAUCAAUCGACGCAAGAGCGCAGCGGCGCCGGGACAGUAUCCAGAGCAAUUGACGAAGGAUCCCAGAAUACCUGUCCUGAUAUACUACCAGUCAAGCUCGAAGGGACGGCAAGCCACAUUUACCAUUCUUACACCCUGGAAGUGUGUACAGCCAGUUUGGUACAGCAUUAUGUAUUAUCCACUUUCAACAGGAGGUCAACCGCGUUUUGGAGGCUUGGAUGAGAAGCGUCAGCUAGCCUUUGAGAACAGCCAGCCCUGGUUUCCUGGAGAUUUCCCUGGCACGCAAGCUGGUUGGGAAUACGAGGUUACCGAGAGGAGAAGGCGAGAAGCUGACUGGCGAAAACGGCCGAAGUCGAAGAGGGUGAACUGGGAAGCUCUCGAUCUUGGCAACGGCAAGAAGGGCGAGGUCGGACGCGGGUGGGCUUGCGACUGGGAGAGGCUGCUGUCAGGAGUGGUAGAGCAUGAUGGCGAGACUGCAGAGCCAGUCAACACUGAGCGAAACACUACAACGACUGCGGAGACGGUACCAGCAAACACUCUGCAGAGUGCCCCAGAACUCAUGCAAAUGUCCGUGGAGCAAGCGAACGCGAUCCUUCAGGGAAACUCGGAAUCAUUCCCUGAGUCGUCCCUGAGUCGCUCACUGGUCACGGUUCGCGUCCAGCUGCUAGUUCGUGGAGUACCUCAGACUUGUGCUCGUAUCUACCGCCUCCCGUCCGCCUCCUCUGGCAAAGUUCGAAAGCGGUGGCUCGACCUUCGUCCUGAAGUCCAAGCGAAGCAGAAGAAGGCUGCGAAGAACGCACUGUCUCGAACGUCGAAGGAUGUGCCGGGCCACCUACGGAUUCAACGCUUGGCUCAGUCAUUAAUCGCUGCGCCUACAGCCGAUGAUGACGAUUAUCCCCUUUGUCCAGGCGAGGAAGACUUGGUUGGUUUCGUGACGACUGGCGACUUCAAUCUAGGAGAGGGGCAGGGGACUGGUGUUGGAAGCAUCUUGCUAGACAAGGUUGUUGAAGGGGUCAAGGACGAUCCGCGCUAUGGGAGGUUGUGCAUUGUGAGAAAUGCUGGGCAUGGCGUUGGAAGGUUGGCACGAUGGGAAAUAGUGUGA